CCACCCAGAAUUUGUAUACUGUCGCCAUGCAGCAGCACCAGUUCAGCUUGCGCCCUGUAGCCGAGCUCUCUCGUUCGCCGUCUUCAGCGUCUAUGACGCCUCCGAUGCACCAUGGCCAUACUCAUAGCCACAGUCCUGAGGCUCAACUGCCUCCGAUUCAUCAUCAUGCUCCUGGUCCCUCUGGUUCUGGUCAGAUCAGGAGACCGAUCUCUCCGAGCAAUCUGCCUCAUGUCGACCUCCUCCCUCAGGGUCAACCCCCUACGCCUCGCAACUACCCACCACCACCCACUGGCCACGAACUUAUGCGCCUCUUCCCUCCACCUCCUCCCGACCAAUUUUCUAUGCUCAAACCCGGUCCUACCUCGAUCUACUUCCACCAACAAGAACGCGCCUUCUUCGCCCAAGCGGGCAAGGAGAUCAUCAGAGUGCGUGUCGAAAGUGAUUUCCAACCAUCGGGCGCCCUGGGCAAGGGAGGGAUGGAGGGUAUGAAGAGGGGGGAACCGUGGACGGCGGCGGGUGCGAUGGCGCAGGUUCCUCUUGCGCAUGGUCAACAGCAGCCGGUGAAGCGGUCGGGGUCGAGUUCGGCGCCUUUACCGCCACCUCCAGGGCCUCAGACGCAGCGCCACGAUAUGCAUCCACAAUAUCAGCAUCCGUCGCCGCAUGCUCAACACCCCCAGCACCCACAACUUCUCCAGCAUCAGCAACAUUCGCAACAUCAGCCUAUGCACGCGCACGCCGCGCCGAUGCAGCCUCCACAGCACCAGCAUCAUCAUUCUUACUCUGGCCAUGGUCACCCCGAUAUGUCACCACAUCAACAACAACACUUUCAGCAGCAGCAGCAGUUGCAACAAAGCUCGCCUCCGACGCCGCAUUACGUGCAUCCGCAACAUCCUCAGCAGCAACAGCAAGUUCAGGCGCCACCUACGCCCGUCAACGUCGGAAUCAGCGUCGAAGAGUGGAGGGCUCCCGUCCCUGGGAUGGCUCCGCCGGGCGAGAGUCGACGGCGGUCGGGUAAGCAUACGAAGAGGGUCGUGGUGCGAUGAGCUCUUCACCUGCGCGUCCAGCCUUCGUAUGCUUCCCUUUUGUCCGCUGGCUCGGUCUUAAUUGCUCUUCUGAUCGUUCUUCUUGAUAUGUUAUACUUCUUUCCCGCUCUCUCUUGCAUCUUGCAUGGUCCCAUUCAUAGUCAUCGCCUCGUGUCUGUUGCAUGUCCUAUAGAUCUUAUGCUACACGACUUUUAUGUGCCUUAACGUCCCACGUUCAACACCGACUCUCGUCUUUUUCCCGUCUUCAUCCCCUGGUCCCGUCGCAUCCUUCCCCUGUUUCCAUAUCCGUACUAUCGUAUUGCUUUCUUGUUUUCUUUAUUUGCUCGCCGUCGUGUCGCUUAGGGCUCCCAAAACAACGGUCAAAGUCGCAGUAUUCUUCUCUUGUCUUGUGUAUACCCACAGUCAUCGUAAUUCUGUGUCCUUUGUACAUUAUGCAUCUGUUUUGCCGAACGCAUCCCUGUCUCUUGUGCCGC